AAACAGCGACACGGCAGGAAACACACAGGACAGCAAAGUUCUACUGGAACACGUCGUGGUCCUCGAACUCACCCGAGAUCGAUAAAGUAAAUGCAGAAAAUACAGCACUAGUGUGAGAUCAGCAUGUUAAACCCUGGUACUAACGGGGAGUCGGUGCUUGUGCUCUCUAACUAUGUGGAUGAGUAUCUGGAGCUGGUGGAGUCUUUACCUCUGGACCUACAGAGAUGUGUUUCUCUAAUGAGGGAAAUAGAUGCCAAAUACCAAGAGAUCCUGAAGGAGCUGAACGACAUUUAUGAGAAGCACAAGCAGGAAUCGGAUCCCGUCCAGAGGCGACGUCUGCUCCAGCAUGUCCAGCGCUCUCUUAUUCGUACCCAAGAGCUGGGAGAUGAAAAGCUCCAGAUUGCGGGACAGAUGGUGGAGCUUGUGGAGAACCGCACUCGUCAGUUUGAGUGGCAAGUUGAGCUUUUUCAGGCUUGUCAGAGUUCUCCGGAGAGCACCGUGUCUGUUGGGAGCAGCUCUUCACCUGCCGUGACGACGGUAAAUGUGACACCUCUGUCUACGCCGCUAAUGUCUCUGUGCAAAACAGUCACUGAGAGAAAGCGUGAGGAGACGCCAGGGUCGGGUGAUAAGGGGAGUGGGAAGCGCUCACGGAGACAAAAGAGUGGGUCGGAAAACCGGGACAACUCCAAUUACGGUUUGGAGCACAGCGACGACCCGGCGAGCGUCGUAACCCCGAAAGAGAAGAAGGCCAGGACGUCGUCUACGUCAUCAUCGAAGAAGAAGAAGAGGUCCAAAGCGAAGCAGGAGAGAGAAGCGUCUCCGACCGACCUCCCUAUCGACCCAAACGAGCCCACGUACUGCCUGUGCGAACAGGUUUCCUACGGAGAGAUGAUCGGCUGCGAUAACGACAAAUGCCCCAUCGAGUGGUACCACUUCUCCUGCGUCGACCUGCACCACAAACCCAAGGGAAAGUGGUACUGUCCAAAAUGCAGAGGAGACAACGAGAAAACUAUGGACAAAACUCUUGAGAGGGCUAAAAAAGAUCGAGCCUAUAGUAGGUAGACUGUCUCCCUCUCUUUCUCUCUCUGUCACAAACACAGUGCCUUUCACCAAGAGAUAAUAAACAUAAAGUUCAGCUCAUUUUACACUUUAAAGAAGAAAAAACAUUUCAGGAAAACACCAGCUUUGUUAUAAUUAUUAUUAUUAUGCUGUAACUGUAUCUGUAGUACUUUCAUGAUUAAUCUGCCUACAAUUUUAUUAGUCGUUCGAUGUUCCAGAUGUUUUCUCUGUUUUUAAUCCUAACUCUGUUGCUGUUGAAGCGUAACGAGUUUGUUACAUCUUUUAAACUUUUAUUGUUGCCGUUUAACAGCUGCACUUCCUUCUUCGAUAUAAACUAUAGUAGUUCUUCCACACACACACACACUUUUGAAUUGUUGUAUUCAUUUAUGCAUGACUCAGAACUCUUAACAUACAAAGUUACUGUUUCAUGUCAAUUUUUAUCGUAGAUUGUAUUUUACAUCAUAUUCACUGCCACAGUUCCAAUAAAAUCAGACUUUUAUGCA